AUGUCAAAAGCUAUAUCUCAAUUGUCUCAGGCUGAAAAGCGCAUUGCUUUUGAUGUGAUGGUCAAAGGCUAUAAGUCUGUAGGAGUCAUUCAAGCACUCUUAUUAUUGACCCUUUGGAACAAACCCGCAGAAAGGUUUGAAGAGGACCAUACAUUCAAGAUCUCUGGAUUUGCUAUAUUCUCAUACUGGUACACCCUCAGGCUUGAACGCCAAUCUAGACUACUCUUUAUUGAUGAAGACCUUUUCUCAGUCACUAGAUCAAUGGAUGACCGAGGUUAUGUCAAAUUGUUCUUUCAAUUUGUAUACAUUGCUUAUGCUGCAGUAUUCUUACUGAAGUUUAGCUCCACGUGUGACCCGUUGGCAGUCACAAUUUUAGUCUAUGACUGUACAGUGCUCUUAGAAGAGGUUUUGGUGGAUGAGAAGCACAUGCCAGCCCUGUAUGCGGCCUUUUUGAAAGUGUUGUUGAAUAGCAAGAAAGGAACUUCAGCAUCUCCCAAAGACACAGAUCAUUCACAACCGUCCACUUCCACGCCUCUUGAUCCCGUUGCCACACAGCGCAAAGGUUUACCGGUUAAUACUGCUCCGGACAGAGUUGAUCAUAUCACAGGUGUCCCAUUUCCGCCUGGAAAUCAAUUGGACCCAGCUUUUGGAUCUUCAUCCGAGCUUCCGUCUAAUGUCAAUUGUCCAAUACUACCAUUUGACCUACAACCAUUCGAGGCUGGAUAUUCUGGACCAUUAUAUGCACUUUCAGGUGGAGUUGGAUUAGUUUUGCAAUUUAAUUCACAUGAUCAAAUCGGAUUUGGAUUUACACCUACUGGAUCUGGUAGAGCUACACCUAAUCAUUUUUUGAAUCAUACACAACAUCAUGGGAAUGGGAAUGGGAAUAGGAAUCUAAAUGAAAAUUCAAAUGAACAUGUUUAA